GACUGAAUUCUCAAGGCCGAUCUUGUCUGAGGAGGGAGAAGCCUGGCAGAGGAGGAAGAGGGAAGGAAGGAGUCAGGAAUGGCGGUUUGUCAGGGUUGGUUGACCUUCAGGGAUGUGGCCAUAGAAUUCUCUCAGGAGGAGUGGGAGUGCCUGGACCCUGCCCAGAGGGCCUUGUACAGGGACGUGAUGGUGGAGAACUACCGGAACCUGGUCUCUCUGGGUUGACUUCUCCGAAAGACUCAUGUUGCCUGAGAAACAGAUUCAGAAAAGGAGGAAGAGAAGAGAAAGAGGAGUCCAGAAUGGCUUUUUCUCAGGGACGGUUGACCUUCAGGGAUGUGGCCAUAGAAUUCUCUCAGGAGGAGUGGGAGUGCCUGGACCCUGCCCAGAGGGCCUUGUACAGGGACGUGAUGGUGGAGAACUACCGGAACCUGGUCUCCCUGGAUGUCUCUCCUACACAUGUGAUCAAGAAAUUACAACCAAAGGAGAACAGUAAUACAAGAGAAGUAUUCCAGACAGUGAUGUUGGAAAGGCAUGAAGGCCAUGAAAUCAAAGAUUUUUACUUCAGGGAAAUCCAGGAAAAUAUGCAUGACUUUGAGUGGCAGUGGAGAGAUGAUGAAAUAAAUUACAAAGAAAUGUCCGUAACCCAUAAACACAGUCUCACUGAUAAAAGAGAUCAGCAUGGUAAAAGUGAUGCAGGAAACAAGCAUGCUGUAAAUAGACUUGGAUUAAGUUUUGGGGGUGAGCUGCACAUGUUUCAGACUGAACAGAAAACUUAUGAAUGUAAUCAAGUUGAGAAGUCCGUCAACAAUGGUUCCUCAGUUUCACCACUUCAGAGAAUCCCUCCUAUGGUCCAAACCAACAUUGCUAAUAAAUGUGGGGGUGAUUUUAUUCACCCUGUGACACUGACACAAGAGCAGAAAGCACAUAGGGAAAAACCUUACAAAUGUCAUGACUGUGGAAAAACCUUUAAUCAGGGCUCACACCUCACUAGACAUCAGAUAAUCCAUACAGGAGAGAAACCAUAUAAAUGUAAUGUAUGUGGGAAAGUCUUUAGUCAAAAUUCAAACCUUGCAAGUCAUCAGAGAGUCCAUACUGGAGAAAAACCUUACAAAUGUAAUGAAUGUGGCAAAGCCUUUAGUCAAAAUUCACACCUGGCAAAUCACCGGAGAAUACACACUGGAGAGAAACCUUACAAAUGUAAUGAGUGUGGCAAAGCCUUUAGUGUACGCUCAAGCCUAAUGAACCAUCAGGUGAUCCAUACUGGAGAGAAACCUUACCAAUGUAAUGAAUGUGGCAAGGCUUUUUGCCAAAGUUCAAAGCUUGUAAAACAUCACAGAAUUCAUAGUGGAGAGAAACCACACAAAUGUAAUGAGUGUGGUAAAGCUUUUAUCCAAAGUUCAAGCCUGAUCGACCAUAAGAAAAGUCACACUGGAGAGAAACCAUACAAAUGUAAUGUGUGCAGCAAAGCAUUUAUUGUGCGUUCAAGCCUAAUAAGCCAUCAGGUGAUCCAUACUGGAGAGAAACCUUAUAAAUGUAAUGAAUGUGGCAAGGCUUUUAUCAAGCGUUCACACCUUAAGCAUCAUGAGAGAAUUCAUACUGGAGAAAAACCAUACAAAUGUAUUGAAUGUGGCAAGGCCUUCAGACAAUGGUCUGACAUCAGGACUCACCAAAGAAUUCAUGCUGGAGAGAAACCUUUCAAAUGCCACGAGUGUGGCAAAGCCUUUACUCAGGGCUCACACCUCACUAAACAUCGGAUAAUCCAUACAGGAGAGAAACCAUAUAAAUGUGAUAUAUGUGGGAAGGUCUUCAGUCAAAAUUCACACCUAGCAAGUCAUCGGAGAAUCCAUACUGGGGAGAAACCAUACAAAUGUAGUGAAUGUGGUAGAGCCUUUAGUGUGCGGUCAAGCCUAACUUACCAUCAGGUAAUCCAUACUGGAGAGAAACCUUACCGAUGUAGUGAAUGCGGGAAGGCCUUUACCAAGCGUUCACACCUUAGGCAUCAUGGGAGAAAUCAUACUGGAGAGAAACCAUAUGCAUGUGUUGAAUGUGGCAAGACAUUUCGGCAGUGGUCUGACAUCAGGAUUCACCAAAGAAUUCAUGCUGGAGAGAAACCUUUCAAAUGUAAUGAGUGUGGCAAAGCCUUUACUCAGGGCUCACACCUCAGUACACAUCAGAUAAUCCAUAGAGGAGAGAAGCCAUAUAAAUGUGAUGUAUGUGGCAAAGUUUUCAGUCAAAAUUCACACCUAGCAAGUCAUCAGAGAGUCCAUACUGGAGAGAAACCGUACAAGUGUAAUGAGUGUGGCAAGGUGUUCAGUCAAAAUUCACACCUUGUAAAUCACCGGAGAAUCCAUACAGGCGAGAGACCUUACAAAUGUAAUGAGUGUGGGAAAUCUUUCAGUGUCCGUGCAAGCCUAAGUAAACAUCAGGUAAUCCAUACAGGUGAGAGACCUUACAAAUGUGGGGAGUGUGGCAAGGCUUUUAGCAGGGGUUCACACCUUAGGCUUCAUGAGAAAAUUCAUACUGGAGAAAAGCCAUACAAAUGUAUUGAAUGUGGGAAGGCUUUUAGACAAUGGUCUGACCUCAGGAUUCACCAAAGAAUUCAUUCUGGAGAGAAACCUUACAAAUGCCAUGAGUGUGGCAAAGCCUUUACUCGAGGGUCACACCUCACCAGUCAUCAGAUAAUCCAUACUGGAGAGAACCUUACAAAUGUACUGAACGUGACAAGGCUUUUAGGAAUUGCCUUAAGCUCAGCAUUCACCAAAUAGUUCAUAUUUAUAAGUGUAACAAAUGUGGCAAAGUUUUAAAUUAGUACUCUUCACUAGAUAUGAGUAAAUAUCCGGUAGAGAAACACCAGAUAUGAUUAAAUACCCAGAGAAACCACACAAAAGUCAUGUGUGUGGCAAGGAUUUUAUCCAAAGAUCAAAAAUUGGGGAACGUGCUAGAGCAAUGCCUUAUAAAUGCAAUGAUUGUGGCAAAGCCCUUACCUUGAGUUCCAAGUGUGUCGCAACAACAGAGUUCAUGUUAAGAGAGACCAUGUAAAUGUGGCAGAGCUGUUAUCUGGGCCUCACAAUGACAUCAGAAUAUACAUCUUUCAGAGGAACCACACAAUGUGUACGCUAAGGUUUUAUCCCCAGCGUCAAAACUGGAACAUCAGAGAAUUUAUGUUGGAGAGCUACCUUACAAUGUAAAGAAUGUUGUAAGGCUUUCAUCAAAUGUUCAUGCCUUUGGAGUAAUGAGAGAAUAUAUGUAGGGGGAGCUAUACCAAAUAUGCCGAAUGUGGAAAUGCCUUUAAGGAACAGUGUGUCCUCGGGAUUCACCAAUGCAUCGAUACUGGGGAGAACUCUUAUAAAAUCCGAUAAAUUUUUUGACCAAUUCACAGACCACACAUCAGAGAAUCCAGGAAUAACUGGAUAUAACUGGAAUAAUUAAGUCUUUAGUUCUCUGCGAUUAACCUGAGAUGUUACUGCAGAAAUAUGUCAAAAAAUGUUCAGAUUCCUGUAUCAUGGGAACAAGGAUGUGUGGAAGUAGCUCAUUAUUUUCUGUGUAUGAGGUAUUUAUUUACUUGAGUUUUCUUGAAAAGGCUACGUUACUGUGAGUUUCAACCUGAAGUUUGAAAUGUGUUGAUCUUUUUUUUUAAUUUUAAUGUUUUUUUAUUAGUCACCACACGGUACAUGCCCGGUUUCCGAUGUAAAGUUCGAUGAUUCAUUAGUUGCGUAUAACACCCAGUGCACCAUGCAAUACGUGCCCUCCUUACUACCCAUCCCCAGUCUGUCCCAUUCCCCCCCCCCCGAGGCCCUCAGUUUGUUUCUGAAAUCUGUUGAUCUUAAGCCUCCCUUAUAGGCCUUUCCUGAUGGUCUCUGAAAAGGAAUCAUAAGAUGAAGGAGCCUACUUUUUGGGUGUGACUUAUUUAUGUCCUCGUUCCCUGGAACAACAAGGACACUGGGUUGUCAGAUUCACUAUUGUUUGAAUUCGUAUUGGGGAGAGGCAGAGAAUGAUGCAAACCUCCAUAUAAGUCGUCAUGCUCGUUACGUUCAGGGCCCCCUUCUCUAGAUGAAUUAUAGGGACUGGACUUUUCAUGGGAGGACAGUGAUAGUUUGUUCACUAGGGACUGAUUAUGUGGUAGAAGCAACGCAGGGGAAGAUGUUAAUAACUGUUCUCUACUGUCAAUGACAAAUUGAUAUUUUAUUAAUGACAGAUUUCCCUUUUCUUGGAAAUUGAAGAGAGCAGUUACCUAAGAAGGCAGUGAAAUGGAAAGAACCAGAACAGUAUGUGCACAAUUCAUAGUUAACUCCUGCCAUUACAUUUUGCUGUUUUCUUCAAAAUGUAUCAUAGCUCUCAUGUUGUAAUUAAUAAAGUUUAAAUAAUUUCCCCAUAACUCUGAAGGAGUCAUGUUCUUCUA